CGCUUGCAAUAGAAUUCCGUUUAUCUCCAUUUAUACGAACAAGUUUGUGCUCAGUUCCAAACGUACUCAUACGAACUCACAGCUGAGCUCUUAUUAUUCGAAUGUUCGAAUAAUAAAAGCUCGACGAACACCAUAUAUUAGGAGAAAAAACGUUAAAGAAGAAACGAUAUUACGGACUCAUUACAAAUAUUAUAUAGUUAAGUUAUGGCCUGAAAAUGAGGAACGUAUGUAUAUAAAUACCCCCCUCCUCGUAAUGUCUCAUGCAACAUAUUUAUUAUAUUGAACUUCAAUUUUCUGAACGUUUUCUGAGCUCCUACGAAGUACUAUUAAGUACUGGUGGAGAGGCGAGUUGAGUCUCUGUAUCUGAACCAUUAUUCAGUUAAAACGUAAUUGUCUUGUCCCCCGACGUGUUCAAAUAAACGGAAUUCUACUGCAUGUGAGCAAAAUUUUCACGUAAUAUUUCUUUGUUGUGGAUAAAAAAUCAAGCGACACGCAUUCGUAUUUAUAUGAGCAAUGUAUUCCAUAAAAUCAGCUGCAAUGUCGAAGUCAUUAUUAUCGAAACAUAAACUGAUAAUAACAACACUGAUCGGUGUGACCAUUGGAAUAUCGUGCGGCUUGUGUCUUAAGCACUAUAGAAAAACGUGGUCUCAGCGCGAUAUUAUGUACAUUAAAUUUCCUGGCGAGAUGUUUCUUAAAACUGUAAGUUGUUUAGUACUACCGCUCGUCACGUCCAGCAUUGUAAGUGCCACUUGUAAUCUCACCAGAUCUGGACCUAUUGGAUUGAUGGCAUUGUGCUAUUAUCUAACAACUACUACAAUUGGAAUAACUUUAUGUGUUGUACUUGUUGAGACUAUCCGGCCGGGCGAAUUAGUGAGGAAUGAAGGGAUUAGUUCACAAAACUCCACAAAAACCAUUAUGACAGUGGAUACAAUUCUGGAUCUGUUUCGUAAUCUUCUUCCCGAGAAUUUAAUACAAGCAUGCAUGUAUCAGUAUCAAACUGUUUUAGAACAAUCGACCAAUGCAUCAGUACCGAUAGAAGAAUGGUCUAUAAAGAGCGAAUAUGUGGCAGGGACAAACGUCGUGGGUUUAGUAUUUUACAGUCUAUUAUUAGGUUCAGCAAUCACAAAAAUAGGUGCAAAAGGAAAGCCAUUGUCGGAUCUUUUUACUUCCUUGGCCGAUGUCACGAUGAAAAUUAUGAAAUGGAUAACAUUCAUGGCACCGAUAGGGGUGGCAUUCCUUAUCGCUGGUCGAAUUCUGGAAAUAGACAAUUUCGGCGACAUAAUAAGUCAUCUCGGAUUUUACAUCUUAACAGUGUUUGUUGGAUUAAUACUGCAAGGCUUUGUGAUCCUGCCCUUCCUUCACUGGAUCAUCACGCGUAGAUCGCCGUAUAAAAUUAUAUUCAAGCUCGGCCCGGCUUUUGCAACAGCCAUCGGAACGUCGUCGAGCACCGCCACGGUUCCCUACACGAUAAGAUGUUUGGAAGACUUCGGCAUAAAUCCCAAAAUAACGAAGUUUAUUAUACCGAUUGGGGCGGCAAUAAAUAUGGACGGAAUAGCGCUGUACGAAACUGUCGGGGCGAUAUUUAUUAUACAAUUACGUGGGCUGCAAUUCUCACUGUUGAAAAUAAUAAUUAUCAGUAUUACAUGCACGGUAUCCUGCGUGGGCGCCGCCGGCAUACCCAGUGGUGGGUAUAUGAUGUUAAUAAUGGUGUUAAAUUCUAUAGGAGUACCCGUGGAAGAUGUUUCGCUGAUUAUCGCCGUCGACUGGUUCGUCGAUCGUUUCAGGACAACAAUCAAUAUUAUAGCCGACGCGCUUGGUGCAAGCAUUAUAUCUCGCUUUUGCAGUAAGAAUCUGGAAGAAGCUCUGAAAGAGGAUUUGAAAGAAAAUCUGAAAAACGAUCUCGAAGACGAAACAUGUCCAUUACAAACAAAUGUCUGCGAUAUGUCUAUGAAAGUGCAUAAUGAAAAAUAGAAAUUUAAAAAUAUUUUAUUAUUAUUAAACUUAAAAGUACGAAAAUACAGUUUUGUCUUAAUCUUGAAAACUUGUACUUAUUCAGCAAAACGAGCGAAAUUUACAGUAAGCAUGGCAAACUUUGCAUUAACAUAAUUUGUUGGAUUAAAUUUUCCUUAGUAUGUAA